GAGAUUAUCCUUUCUCGAUAAGCGUAUCACAUGAAUUGCUUUAUCUAUACAUUGUGCAAUCUACAGAAAACUACAUCGUACUUAAUAUUCUAUCAUACAGCAGAAUAUUCAAUGAGUCUGUUCUGGAUCCAAGGAGCCACAAAUGGAACCCAUGUGUUCAAUGACGACGGAUCGGUGGCGGAUCUCAUGACAAUCGCUACAGAAGAAUCGGAGGAAAUGGAACCCAACAGCCGGUUCAUCAUCGCCAGGGAGCAGGGAUUCCAGUGGUUUGGAGUCUCGCCGGAAUCCAGAAAUGGCUUUCUGUGUCAAGUGGCCGCAAGAAGAAAUCCCUGAUGUUUACAGAACAUUAUACAUAUAUGCACAGAAUGUACUUAUAUUAACUGUGUAAUCAAACAUGCUAAAGUUCAUAGACACGCUGCUGAUAGCGUUGCUAUGUUGUAAUUAAUAAAUAUCAUAAAAUGUCUUAUUCGUAAAAAGCAAUUAAAUCAUUAUUAUUUUAGUUUAGAUGCGCGCUAAGUAUAUUAAGUUUCUGCCCUAGGCAUAUUUUAGGACCGUUUUAUCUCUCUCAUUAUGCAUGGUAAUAUGCAUUACAUGGAGUACGAGUGUGGUAUUUGUGUUCUUAGAUAGGAGAAAAAUUUGGCCAGGUAAAUUCACAUCUAUCAAGCGUUAUCAGGUAAACUUCAGGUACAUUUAGAACAAAUGUGUUUACUCAGAACGUCGUAUCCAAAGACGUUUUGCCUGGCUUGGAUUGAUCGAGUGAACUGAAAAAGUAUAUGCUUAUCAAUGGACGAACGGUGCAUGUAGAACAGACACAAGAUCGACCCUCAAAACAUGGCCGCGGUGUCCCCAAAAUUCGUGAGUUGGCUUGUCUGUUUCGUUGUUCUCCUCGGUUGCUUUCUACAAAAAGGAUCAGCUGCAGGUCAAAACAUAAAAGUGGAGUUCUAUUCAUCCGUAACUCUACCAUGUGAUAACAAGGACUUAAACUUCACAAUGAACCCCGUCAAUUACGCCCGGGUAGUGAACCAGUACUGGAUCCUACCAGGGGGGAGUAUGAUUGACAACACCUCCCAUUCGGACAUGGUGGAAACGAACGUGUACCGAUGGUCUAUAUCCAAGACUAAUUUUAACCUCACAAUCAACAGGGUGGAUGAUGACGAUUUUGGGAUGUACACAUGUGUCGUCGUUUUUGACGAUCACCAAGUUAAGAUUGUUCGUCGAGGUUUAAAUAUGGAUGGAGCAGACUUUAGUAAGCUGCAGGAGACUUACAGAGAGAACGCCAUUAUCGGGGGUAUCGCUGCAGCAUGUCUGUUUGCGGUUUUCUCAAGUGCUUGUGUUAUUUGGCACUGUCGGUUUAGUUCGCGACAAAAAGAGAAAGAGGGGUUAGAGAAAGGUGACCCGACACAGGCAUUCCACAAUUCUGCGCUAGAAAUUGAGGAAACGAAUCAUCUAUGAAGAGCUCGACAAGAACAAAUUCUCAACACAAUUACAAUCGACCUUAUUACAUGUAUUAUUUUUGUGUGGAAUGACCACUUUUUCAAUUCACCCUUCAUCUGACUGUGUAAUUUUAGUCUGUGAAGACAACAUGGUGGGGAUCUUCAUAUAUACUGCUGGCCUUUUCUUAACCUCUGUCCGCUUUGUACAUUGUAUGAUACACAGAGUAAUCUAGGUUUAUCAAAUGUUUAACACGUAGAGAUCGUGUCAAUGCAUUAAUCAGUAAAACUAAACAUACAUUUGAAUUUUGACAAAGUCUGUAGUUCUAAUAUGAACACUGGAAAUAAAAUCUUAAAUUUCUA